CACGGGCACGCUUACAACAGCCGUGGUUAACACACUUAAUGAGUUUUGUGGAACCUCUCGUACAAGUGCGGAAGUUUUAAUGAUGCAGGCCGUGGAAAUAUACAUGAUCGUCGGAGCAACACUUAUGACCACGUCAUUGGGAACACUGCAUAAUUGUCUUCGUUACUGCAAUGAUUCACCGGAAUACUCUUCUAUUCCAUCAGACUGCGACUGCCAAAAUCGAUUACCAACGUCAAAUUCUCAUAUUACUAAAUCUAAAGAAGACAGUGAAAUUUACUACGAGCCAGUGAAUCAGAAUUAUUCAUCACAGGACCUCAUAUUACGUUUCUUAAACCACAAAAUUCUCAUUACAAAUACAAGUCAAUCAUCCGCCGUUCAAGAUAGACAUGAUGAGAAUCACAGCAGAACUACAAAUAAAUAUAAAAGAACAGACGGUAAUUACCCAAAAUCAAAAGAAGACGGUAAUGAGCAACUAUUACAUUUGUAUUUAGAUCUAGAUUUAGAUACUACAAAAAAUAACAACAGAUCGCAAAUAGAAGAGUUGAAAAAAAUGAUCGAGAACUUCCAGGCUGUUGAAAAAGAUUUAUCGGAAUGUAUAAAUCUCCAUAUCUACAUAUUUUCAAAAUAUGUCGAUACAAAUAUCAAAACAAAUACUAAUUGGGGUCAAAAUGCUAAAAAUGAUAACUUAUCAAAUUCUCAAGUGUUAACUGAGAUUCAAAGUAAGUGCGAACAACCUGUCAGUAUCAUACAACAAAGUAUCUAUCAAAUACAGCAAGGAUUUUCACAAGAGGAACCAGCCGGUGAGUAUCCCCAGAAAGGGGAAGAAAUAAUUAACAGAGUUGAGUCAACAACCAAAUAUACAACUGGAAGUAAUAACAGUGUAGAUGGAAAAUCUGAAACAACAACACUAACGAUACCUCCCACUGAUGAUAUGCCAGCAGAAACUAUUCACGAUUACGAUAUUACUCCGAGUACAUCAUUUUAUGAUCAUUCAACAUUAUUUGAUGAUAAUCAAAACUUCAGAAGUACAACUAUGCCAGAGAGAAUUUUAUUGACCGAAGAGGACAUGAAGAUACCAAGAAUAUUAACGAAAGAACUUUCAAACGGUUCCGUCACAAGUGUAGUGGAUGGUUACGAAGAAAUUCCAAAUUCAGACUUUAUGACUGAUGUAGUGACAUCAACUGUCUCGAACAAUGCAGUCAGUGUGUCUAACAGUGAUGAAAUUGUCGAACCUGAUCUGGCAGAAAUUAAUGGAAGUCUAUAUUUUUCCUUUGGGGAAGAACACAUACCAGCCCGUUUUAUUCAACAUUUGAAUGGGUCAUUAAAUGUGGCUUUAGAUGGCUUCUCGAUGUGCAAUCAUGUGCUAAAAGUAAACACGUCUCAUUUUAUGAAUUUGCUAUGUAAAUGUAUAAGUCUUCAGAAUUGCACUUAAUUAGCAAUGAAACAAAUAAAGUUACUAAAAACUAUAAACCUCUAAAUUCUAGAUUAAGGACUUUUAUCGAUAUAUCGGUUUAUGUUACUGUAAAUAUAAUUGCAUGUUUCUUCCAA